CAGACAUCAGGCGCUAGCGAAGGUGACCUUCCCGUGCAAGCAGCAGCAGAGCCAAAGAAAUUUUUAUGGGCGGCGGCAGUUCGGCGAAUAGCAGUGGAGAGGAGGACGGCGACGCCGAAUGGAAGGCGGCCAUCGAUUCCGUUGCCGCCGUCAACCUCGGCACCUCCACCUCCAAUCGCCCCGCCACGCCCCAAUCGGUUGCCGGCGGUUCGACGGCCCCAGACGACCCCCGCGACGAGCAGCUAAAGAAGCCCCAAACCCCUGGCCUCAAGCUCUACCAGAUCAAGGCACAAAAGCUUCUUGAUGAUCUGUUAGAGAAGAGUCUUGAGAUGGUGACAAAUCCUAUCCCUAUGUCCAAUGACAAUCCUCAAUCAAAUGGAGGUGGCAUUCAGUUAUUCAGAAAAGCACCUCCUGGCAUAAUUUUGGAUCCCAUUGAUCCACAUCCACAACCACGAAAAAGACCAAAAAUUCUACCAGGAAAGGAAGUUGAUGAGAAAUCAAAGAAGUUCAGACGCCAACUUCAAUCUGUCAUUGUUGAUGGCAAUAAUAUUAUGGCUGCAGCGAGAGAGGCAUGCCAGAGAUCUUUGGCUAGAUUUGAAGCUAAAGAAGCUGCAGCAAAGGCGGCAGCUAAAAAAGAGGAAGAAAGAGUUUUGGAACUGAAAAAGGUCAGAGGAGAGAAAUGGCUUCCUUCCAUUGCAAGAGAAAUGCAGGGCAAAACUUGAACUCACUGAGGAUGGGGAAGGACAGAAGUUGGGCAGCUAUUGAAUGCUAUCAGAACUUCAGAAGCAAAAAAUGCAUUCAGUUUUAACUGAAUGCAGUUGGCAUUGAUUACUGAGUAUAGGAAUCGUUCUAUGUUGAUUUCCAUUGGAUAAAUGUGUCACUGUUGGAGGUAUGCUGACUCAUUUUAUACUUUGAGCUUCAUUUACCAAACCUCAAGCGUUCCCAUCUUUUGCCAGUGGGGCUCAGAUCCAUCGUGGUGGUUACAUGUUAGUAUAUUCAUGUGUAAUAGAAUAUUGUAGCAUUGCUGAAAUAAAGCACAUUUUCUUACUUGCAA